UUCUUAUUCUAUAUUCUUUCGUAUAAAUAUAACAAGUAAAAGCAGGAGAGAGAAAAUGCUGCAGGGUUUGAGUCUUAGGGAAGAGAGAUUGAUCGGAAACAGAAGGCAUCAAUCAUCGCAUGUUGGGUUGAAGCUCUUGAUAGCAACAUCCAAAGAGAAGAAGCCCAAUAACAUAUUGAUGAAACCUGCCGUGAAAUCGGUUCAUCGAUCCUCUCGGAUUUUCUCUGAGCUUUGCUACCUCAAGAGAUGCCAUCUAUGCAAGAAAAAGCUCCGACAAGACAAAGACGUAUACAUGUACAGGGGAGAUCUUGGAUUUUGCACCGUUGAAUGUCGAGAUCGGCAGAUAUUGAUGGAUGAGAGAGAUGAAUUCGAGGUUUCGACAAAGAGACUGUUGGCUAAUUCCGGCGCCGGAAAAACCGAGACUCAGAUUCUUUUGGAAGAUCUCCGGCGGCGGCAUCGGCGACACGUUCCUAAGUCAUUUAUAGUCCCUUUGAAUCAGUCCUCUUGA